AUCACUGGAGCAUGAUUCACUCUCAAAUGUCGAUGAACAAAAAUAAGAAGAGGAAGAGAAAGGAGGAGCGACCAGCGACCCACCUGAGAAACAAAUACUCCGAGAACCCACCCGACUUCGCUCACUUGGCUUCUUUGUACCCCUCUUUCGAGCCCUUCGUCUUCUUCUCCCGAGAUGGUCGGCCCAGAAUUGACUGGACCGACUUCAACGCCACCCGGGAACUCACUCGGGUCCUCCUCCUCCACGACCACCGCCUCAUCUGGUGGAUUCCAGAUGGGCAGCUGUGCCCCACUGUGCCCAAUAGAUCGAAUUACAUUCAUUGGAUUGAAGAUCUUCUCUCAUCUGACAUCAUUGUGAAGACUACAAGCAAUGGUGAUAAAGUUAGGGGCUUUGAUAUUGGAACUGGAGCAAACUGCAUAUAUCCGCUUCUUGGUGCUUCUCUUCUCGGUUGGAGCUUUGUUGGGUCAGAUGUGAGUGAUGUAGCACUAGAGUGGGCAGAAAAAAAUAUUAGAGAUAAUCCACAUAUCGCGGAACUUAUUGAAAUUAGAAAGGUUGAAAGUGUUAAAGAGACCCUUCCACUGGAAGGAUCGCCAAAUGGGAUGUUGGAUAGUACUGAAAGCAAAAUAGAAUUGACCGAGAAUAUGGAAAGGGAAGCAGUGCCUUUGCCCUCCUCUUCAUCCACAUAUCACGGGCCAGCUAUUCUCCUUGGUGUGGUUAAGGAUGGUGAGGAGUUUGACUUCUGCAUGUGUAACCCUCCAUUUUUUGAGACCAUGGAGGAAGCAGGACUAAAUCCAAAAACUGCAUGUGGUGGGACCCCAACCGAGAUGGUUUGUCCUGGUGGAGAAAAGGCUUUCAUCACUCGCAUUAUUGAAGAUAGCGUCACAUUGAAGCAUACUUUUCGGUGGUACACAUCAAUGGUUGGUAGGAAACUGAAUGUCAAAAUCCUAACAUCAAAGCUUUGGGAAGUUGGAGUCACCAUGGUAAAGACAACUGAAUUUGUCCAAGGCCAAACUUCGCGAUGGGGGCUGGCCUGGUCCUUUUUGCCUCCUGCCAAGCAGUUAGUAUCAUCUCAUGUGGCUGUGAAGAACAACCUCUCUUUCAUGCUUGAGGGCCUCGACCGAAAAUUUGGUGCUAUACAUGUAUUGGAAUCAACCAAAUCCUUUUUCAGCUGUGGUGGUGCAUCAUGUAACUUGAACACAUCCUCAUUUACGCUCGAUAUCACCAUGACAAAAGAUCACUCAGAUGCAAUCUUGAAGGGUGGGCCACAAGAUUGUGAUAGAGUUAUCAGUUGUGAAGAUAAGCAAGAGGCAUGCACAAGCUCAAGCUGUUUGAACUUGCCUUCAAAUAAUCUAGGUUUUCGUGUUUCGGUCUUUCAGCAAAACCCUGGCACACUUCUGGUGAAAGGCUCACUACAGCAGAGAGCUUGUCAACUUUCAGGAGCAUUCUCACCAAUAUUCCAACGACUUGAGGAAGAUCUGAAACAGAAAUUUUGUAGAAGGAAGUAGACCAUGGUAAAGCUUUCCUUGUCUGAUUCCAGCAACAUGGCAGCAUUGGAUAUACAGUCAUAUCUGAAGUGGUUAGUUCUUAACUAGAAGAUAUUGAGCAGCAAAUAUUUUUGUUUUUGCUUGCCCUGCUUUUUCCCUUGUAAUCUCCGGUCCAUUUUUCUCAUCCCCUUGUAGUUUUCCCAUUUCUUUUGUAUGCCCCCAAACUCGUAAAACAUACCUGCAACGGUGUGUAUAUUGCACUCGUAAUUGAUUGUACUGACUUGAACA